UUAUCUAGUUUUAAUGAUAUCAUCAAUAAUAUAAUGUAUAAUGAUAAACAAAUAUUUUAUCCCGUUUUUUGAUAUCCGAACUGAGCGCCACUUCUCACGCCUCACCAUAGGCAUUGCCUUCCCCUUUUUAUGUCUUGAUACAGUUUUUUGAUAGAUAUCCUUUCUGGUUCUCGCUAACGAACGACAGUUUGACUGUCCCGAUUUUUUCUCUAAAAGCUGGCAACCCUGGUCCACAGUUUACAAAAUUUAAAAUAAGUCUAAAUGUUAGAACAACUCGCGGAACGCUAUGGCCUAUCAUUAGUCACCUCUGUGCCGACAGGCAGUCUGCCACCGCGCGUUCACCGUGGACGCAAACUGACGGGCAUGCAACCUCGGCGUCAUAGGCGGCGCGCAGGCUUACAACGAUGGAUGACUACACCAGCCGAGGAACUGUCUAAAGAUAUUUGGAAUAAGGGACUGCGACCCGUAGAAUGUGAAUUUAUGCGACCCUUGCUUGCUGAACGGCAAUACAGACCUGAUGAUAUGUCUUCGUGUCUAGAUUCGGAACAGGAUGACGCAGAAUACGUGCUUACUCAAAUGCACAAAAGCAAGGAGUCACUUGCUAAAAGUCAAAGAAAAAUUAUUGAGUCUGAACCUUCUACGGUCCGAAAACAACUCAACGUGGAAAAUAGCACAAGAAAUGGCAACAAUUAUAAUUAA